CGCCCCCACGCCGCGCCCCGCUCCUCGCUGGCGGGGCCGAGAGGGUACCGGGCGCCGCGGGGCUCGCGCGCCGAGCCGACCGGGGAGGGCCGCGCCGGAGCGGGGGCGGCGGGAGGGCGGGUUGGGGCCCGGCUCCCGCUGGCGGCUGGGCCGGGGUUGAGCGCGCGGCCGGCCAUGGAGGUGGAGGAGGCGUUCCAGGCGGUGGGCGAGAUGGGCAUCUACCAGAUGUACCUGUGCUUCCUGCUGGCCGUGUUGCUGCAGCUGUACGUGGCCACGGAGGCCAUCCUCAUCGCGCUGGUUGGGGCCACGCCGUCGUACCACUGGGACCUGGCCGAGCUCCUGCCAAACCAGAGCCACAGCAACCAGUCGGCUGGUGAGGACCAGGCGCUGGGGGCCUGGCUCCUGACGGCCAACGGCAGCGAGAUGCAUAAGCACGUGCACUUCAGCAGCAGCUUCACCUCCAUUGCCUCCGAGUGGUUUUUAAUUGCCAACAGAUCUUACAAAGUGAGUGCAGCAAGCUCUUUUUUCUUCAGUGGUGUUUUUGUGGGAGUUAUCUCUUUUGGUCAGCUCUCAGAUCGCUUCGGAAGGAAAAAAGUCUAUCUCACAGGUUUUGCCCUGGACAUCUUAUUUGCUAUCGCAAAUGGGUUUUCCCCCUCAUAUGAGUUCUUUGCAAUAACUCGCUUCCUGGUGGGCGUGAUGAAUGGAGGGAUGUCGCUGGUGGCCUUUGUCCUGCUGAACGAAUGUGUGGGCACCUCCUACUGGGCACUCGCAGGGUCAAUCGGUGGGCUCUUCUUCGCAGUCGGCAUCGCCCAGUAUGCCCUGUUGGGAUACUUCAUCCGCUCCUGGAGGACCCUAGCCAUUCUGGUUAACCUGCAGGGAACAGUGGUCUUUCUCUUAUCUUUAUUCAUUCCUGAAUCACCUCGUUGGUUAUACUCCCAGGGUCGACUGCGUGAGGCUGAAGCCGCUCUGUACCUCAUCGCCAGGAGGAACCGCCAGCUCAAGUGUACCUUCUCGCUGACACACCCGGCCAACAGGAGCUGCAAGGAGACGGGAAGUUUCCUGGACCUGUUCCGUUACCGGGUCCUCUUGGGGCACACUCUGACCCUGAUGUUCAUCUGGUUUGUGUGCAGCUUGGUGUAUUAUGGCCUAACUCUCAGUGCAGGUGAUCUAGGUGGAAGUAUUUAUGUCAACUUGGCCCUGUCUGGCCUCAUAGAGAUUCCGUCUUACCCUAUCUGCAUCUACUUGAUUAACCAAAAAUGGUUUGGUCGGAAGCGGACAUUAGCAGCAUUUCUGAGCCUAGGAGGACUGGCUUGUCUUAUUGUCAUGUUUCUUCCAGAAAAGAAAGACACAGGUGUGUUCGCAGUGGUGAACAGCCAUUCCUUGUCCCUGCUGGGGAAGCUGACCAUCAGCGCUGCCUUCAACAUCGUGUACAUCUACACCUCGGAGCUGUAUCCCACAGUCAUCAGGAAUGUUGGGCUUGGAGCUUGUUCCAUGUUCUCCCGAGUUGGUGGCAUCAUUGCUCCCUUCGUGCCCUCACUGAAGUAUGUGCAGUGGUCUUUACCUUUCAUUGUCUUUGGAGCCACGGGGCUGACCUCAGGCCUCCUGAGUUUAUUACUGCCAGAAACCCUUAACAGCCCAUUGCUAGAGACGUUUUCUGACCUUCAGGUGUACUCAUAUCGGAGGCUGGGGGAGGAGGCGUUAUCUUUACAGACCAUGGAUCCCCCUCAGUCUGUGGACAAGGAGAGCCCUUUAGGGAGUGAGAGUGAGGAAGAGGAAGAGUUUUACGAUGCAGAUGAAGAGACUCAGAUGAUCAAGUGACCCCCAGAUUCGUCCUCAGGAGCAGAGGACCAUCUUCUGUGCCUCUGGCAAGGGCAGGUCCUCCCAGGAAACUGAAGCGAGCUGUGGAGAGAUAGGCUUGAACAAACAUGGAAGAUACUCAGUGUGGCCUGAUGUUUUUUAGGCACAAAGGGAGUUGGAGAAGAGAUUUCAUGAAAGAAGACAUCACUGCAUCCAGUGAAUAGUGGUUACCUUGCCCACCAUUCAGGUUUAGCUCAAAAUUGUGACCUCUGGCCAGAUUGCUCAAGUCCACAUGCCAGAGUAGUAAGCUCAUUUGUUUCCAGAAGCUUGAUUACGUUGCCUUUCAACUUCAUUGUGACCUAAAGGCAAAUGUGUAAAAUUUCUUCUCACCACUAAGAUGUAAUCUGUCCACCAGAUUUGACAUCCACCCCUCUCAGUCGCUCCUCACCAGGAAUCUUUUGAGGCAAGCUGGUGUUAGCAUUUCAUUCAUUUCUGUGCCAGAAGAAAAGCGCUGAGAGGUUAUUCGUGUGGCCUGAGACCCUCCAGCUUUAUCCCAGCUGAUGAAAUUUGGGCCCUCAGCGUGGUUCCUGGCCCAGUGAUUGGCUUGAGCUCCCUGUGCUUUUAGUCAGUCCCACAGAUGACCCACCAGGAAAAGCCAGCUGUACCAAGGGAAUGUUCAGAGUCCGCGGUGUGGCUGCAUCUCCCUGGCAGCUCCCUUUGAUUCUCAAAGUGUGUAAUUUCUUCAGUUCCCACUUGUGCACUUGAAGAAAAAAUUUCCAUCUCCGAUUCUAGUACCAGCAAUAACUUCCAAACAAUGCCCGGUAAAUGACGAAGUUUUAUGAGGGGGAAGGGCAGUUUAAAAGCGACACCUUGAGCCCUUGGAUGUUAAAAAGGACGAAGAAAAAAGAGGUGCCAUUUUUAAUAAGGAAGAAAAGAAAAUUAUCUUUCACAAUUUUCUGUUUGUUUUGUUUUCAGUGUUGUACAAGGAGGGACUUGGGCAACAUUUAAGGACUUGAACUCUUCUAGUCCUACAUCAGCCCCAGCCUGUUUAGUUAGCUAGAAUGGAAGGCACAGUAAUUUCCUAGGACAUGUUUGUUUUCGUUAAGUACUGCCAGCUUUCAAAUAAAGUCAUCUUCAGUCAUACUGAGCCAUGCUCAGUGGCCUAAAACCACGUGCUGAAAGUGUUUCCCGUGAAAUUCGAGUGUUAUCUCAAAUAAGAGCGUUAACCUGGAGUCAACAAGCUUGGACAGUGUUGCUUUAGGUCACUUUCCCAACUGGGAAAAUUUCUAUGUUUUCGGAAUUUCCAUUUCUAUUAAUCUCUUGGAGAAAAAGAAAUUUCAUUAGAGAUAAAGAGAAGUCAUCACUGUGUCUGUUUCUUGAAAUUCUGGAGGACUGGCCUCGCAUUUUGGCUCCAACCCACUCCUGUCCUCUUCCAUUGACCUCUUGGUGUGCACUAUACCAGCCUGUACCUUUGUGUUUGUUAAAGUAUUUUUAUGUCCUUCAUGCCCUUGAUUAUGUAUUGGACUCUUUGUAAAUAGGGGCCAUCUCUAAUACUGUUUAUUUCUCUCUGCUGUGCCCAGAACACAGUAAGUAUUACUGUUUCUAGCCAUCAGGGAAAUUGUGGAACUCCUCCCAGUAUCAUUUUUGUAAAUCACAGGUAAAUCUGACCCAAACCCCCAAACUGUGGAAUCUCACUGUCAUUCUGUGGGAAAUGGACACCCUGCCCACCGUCAAGAGAGGAAGAAAGGAAGAACUUACAAGGACCCUUAGAAGCUCUUCGUCAUAAAGUUAAAUGUAAAACAACAGACUAACAUAAAAACUAACCUAUAGGUGAUUCUUGGCUGGUUGGCGCCCUCUUUGCAUUAUAAGAGUAAUAAUCCAUUGUAAAAAAAAAUGUGGAAACGAAGUUGAAAAAUGUAGUAAUCACAGGCCCAACACCCAGAGACAACCAGUGCUGUGACUUUGUUCUGUUUGAAGACCAAUUGGGUAUCCAUCUUUCUACUGGCACUGGGGUUCCCUCUGCCUCUGGCUAGAAAAAUGAGGAUUCCAUUCAUUCUGUCCCUGGAUAUUCUCUUCUCCCAGCUCUAGGGUAGAAGAAGGGAGGGAAGGAUACACAGUUUGAACGCAUGUUGCUAAGGCUGGACUAUCAACUGCUCAAGUCAGAUAUGUCACUACAUUUUUGUUUCUAGAUGGUCUUUUGGCAAAGUUUAAUAAUUGCUGUGUUUUCAUCCCUUUGCCUUUUAUAAAAACCGGUGUUUUUCCUUUUGCUAUUAACUGUUAAAAAUAGUGAUUUUGGAGAUUGUGCCCAUGAGUAUAUUUGUGUUGAUUAAAUUAUUGGAGAAUUCUUAAUUUAUAGGUAGCAUAUUUUAUUUGUUCAGGUGAUUUGUAAAAGGUAUCCUUUUAAAUGUUUUAUUGGAUUCAAAAUUAAAUUUCUUUUUUCCUAAAAAGCAGCAAGAAAAAUGUAAGACACAUAAGAAAUCCCAGGGCUUCCAGGGUCAAAGUUCUUACCAACAGCUUGUCCAGAACCUUGGCGCCACACGGAUAUGUUGAAAGAAACUGUGUUGUAGUUUCCUGAUUGGUGAGUUAAAACCACUGCCCAUUGAAAAUGCAAUUUUUGUCAUUUGGCUGAUUUCAAGCAAUGUAGAUAUUCUUUAGUAUUUCAAAAUGAACAAAUAAAAUACAAGAAAUAAGAAGCAAAUGAAAGUUUCUGGGACACUGCUUAAGUAAAUGUAAUCUGGGCAAGUAUUUUUAUGGAGGUCAAGUUGAUAAAGGUACUUUUAAUAGACUCAUAUUCUUAACAAAAACAUAUUGAAGUAAUUCUCUCUACUAAAUCAGAAUUAAACUGCAGUUUUCUAAUAGGACUUACUCCUCCAUUACAGAUUCUUACUAGAUCAUUAGUUGUUAAGUUGGACACCCAUAAAGGAUUUUAUAAUGAAAUAAAAUGCAGGUAUUUUGGCUUCUCGUGAAUUUGGUAAAAAAUUGUAAAACGUAGACCUUUUUGUUUGUUCUUACAGAAUGUGUCAGGAUGUACAUAGUAGUAUCUUUGACAAAUUGAACAAAUGUAGAAUCUGCUAGAAAUUAUGGGUGGUAUGUGGGACAGGGGCUGUAGCAAAGUUAGGGAGUCAGUGGGUACAAAAGAUAACUAUAAAAAUAUUUUUAGAAAGAGAAAAAUGCAAAGAUACUGCAUUGUUAGAAAGUGCAUGUUAAAGGGAAAAGACCUUAUGAUUACCUCAAUAGAUAUGUGAAGAUUAUUUGACAGAAUUCAACACCUAUUUAAAACAAAAGCUACUAGCAGACAAGGAAUAAAAGGAAACUACCUUAGCAGGAUAGGGGUGUGGUAGUACCCAUGGUGACUUGGCACGCCGGAUCUCUUUACCUUCCCAGGACCUUGGCCUUCAGCCUUUCUUUGAUAGUGACCACAAUAAGAAAUGUAUUUUACAUAUUCUUCCUCUUCCCUCUUCCUGCACCUCUUUCUAAUCUCUGUCUCUGUCUCUGUCUCUCUUUCUCCCUGCCUUACAAGUACUAUAUAUAUAUAUGUAUAUUUUAAACAUAUUAAAAUAUAUAUAUAUAAAACUUCCAUGAAGCAUGCUUAUUCUUGCUUGGUACACUGAUAGCUUAUAUUCUGUCCCAUUUUUUUUUUUUAAAACGCCAUUUGUGACCCACUAAACUGAUUUCAUGACCUACUGUAGUUUAAAAAUCCAUGGUUCUUCUCUGUCUGCUUGCGCUGCAGAAGCUUUAAAGCUAAGAUGUACAUUUCCCAAACUCCCUUUGCAGCUAGGUUUCUGGGUGCAAUUAACUCUCCAUCAGUCAGAUUCAGAUGGAAUUUGGAAGCUGGGAGUGAGGUGGAGACCAUAUUUGUGAUGCGUUGUUUUUUCCUGCUGGGGUCUGCAGGGGUGGAGGCAUUUGGUUUUGCUGAGGCCGUUUCAGCAGAGAUGUUGACAGUCAGGGGCAAUAUUGAUUAAAAUCUUAACAAGAUUUUUUACAUAGAACCUGGCAAAAUAACUCUGGUAUUCAUAAGGAAAAGUAAAGACUCAAAAAUACUCAACAAUCCCCCAAAAUAAGAGCAAGCAGAAGGGACUCAACUUACUAGAUAUUGGAACUUUUGAAGCUAUGGUGUCAGUGUAGCAAUAGAUAAGCAGAUCAAUAGAACAUAAGAGAGAUCCCAGAACAAGACAAAGCAUAUAUAAUAAUUUGGCAUUUUUUGAAGAUGGUAUGGCAAAUCAGUGGGAAAAAAAACUGAACUGUUAUUGAUGUGGGAACUGAUGGGUUUCCAUAUCAAAAAAUAAAAUAAAAUUAGGACCUUCUCACCAUAACAAAAAUUCAGGUGAAUUGAAGACCUAAAUGGAAAAAGGCAAAACUUUAAAAAAAUUAUAAAGUGAUAUACGAGAAUGUUCUUAUGACCUUGGAGGAAUAGAUGGAUUUUUUUCAGACAGGAAGUAAAAAUCAGAAAUCAUUUUUAAAAAGACAGAUUGAUAUGUUUCACUGCAUCUAAAUUUAAAACUUCUUUCUGUAUGACUAGACACACCACAACGUUCAAAGAAAAGCAAUAGAUUAGGGAAAAAAUAUUUACAACUUCUGUAAAAGACAAAUAUCAAUAUCCAGAAUAUAGAAAGAAUUUGCACAGAUCAGAAAGAAAAAUAAUGGGAAAGUUUACAAAAAAUAUUUUUAGGCAAUUCACAGAUGAAAAGAUGCUCAACCCUCACUAGAGGAUCAGAGAAAUGCAAAUUGAAACAACGGUAAGUUAUUCAAAAUCCAUUAGAUUGGAGAAAAGAAGUCCUAAUACCAAAUUCUGAAGAUAUGAAGAAAAAGGAAUUUACUUACAUCCUGAUAGAAGUGUAAAUUUAUUCAUCAACUAGAUUGUCAGUAGCAAGUGAGGCUGAAAAUUGUAUAUAUCCUGUGACACAGCUCCUAAUUCUUUAUCAUGGAAGAGUUUUCAUACUGUGC